AUGCAGCUCGUUGGCCACUUACCCUCGGUAGAGACAUGCUGUGUCGAGGGAGUCCAAUCUCUUGCUGCCGAGAAGCUCAAACCUGCUUUCUGUCAUUUUAAGUCCAUCCACAUCCAUCAAUCAUGUCUGAGCCAUCUUGCAUUGAUUCACGUCAUCCGCUCUUGCAAAGAACUGCAGGAAUUUGAUUACUGUUUCGGGUCUUUCGAGACCAUAGAUAUGCGAUCAGUGGUACACUAUCCAGAUUUGCUCGAUGCGUUGGGCAACCAUACAGAGACGUUAUAUGUCUUGGACCUAGAUCUCGGGGCUCAGCGCACGGACAUGAAUAGAUAUGAGGAUCAAGCAAAUGACGAGGCCGGGGCAAAGCUGGCGGAUUUCAUCGCAAUGACUCAUCUGAGACUCGGGGUGGAUUCGUUGCUUUACUUUGCAGGCGGUUUCACUAGCAACAGCGACGAAGAGUUCUCUUUAAUAGAACGACUGCCACCUCAGCUGGAAACUCUUACUAUCUAUGGGUAUAGGCCGGGAAAAAACGCACUAUGGGACGAACAGUUAGAGGAGUUGAGUGACAUGAUUGUGGAUGGAGACGAAUGUGUUUUUACUCUCCGUGGUGUUAACGAAUAUCUUCGACAUCCUACGCAGCCGGAGAACCCAGAACGGGAGCCUAUGGUAGAGGAGAGUGCAGAGCAAAGCGAGCAUGGGGGCACAGAUUCCGACUCCGAUGCUUCUGAUACGUCCUGGUUUCUUGCCCCUGCCUGGUACCGGGAUAUGCACCCGUAUCGACAGAGGAAUAUCGAUUAG